AUGAGUGAAUAAAUUUUAGAGUAAGUAUUAGAACAAAGAUUAGGAUUUGGAAAGCAUUAUUGGAGAUAAUUCUUUAUCAUAAGUUUCAUUGACUUCCUUGAUGGUGCUGAGUUUCUAUAUUUAGCUUUAUUAACUCCGGCUUUAAAAUAGGAAUGGAAUUUGUCAAUAUUAGAACUUUCAAUUUUUGGAUCGUCAUUUACCUUAGGGUUAACGAUAGGUUCAAUAAUUUGUGGAUUCUUAGCAGAUAAAAUGGGAAGGAAGAGUAUUUUAAUAAUAGCAACAGUUUUUCAAGUAUUUUAUUUUUAUUAUUGGAUACAAUAAAUAAAUCACACAUUUAUACUUAAUAAGAGAUUAUAUAAUUUUGUAUCUCCUAUAUAAAGGCUGCAGUCGUUUUUCUUACAGUAUUUUCUUAAAACAUAAUUUAAAUGAGCCUGCUUAGACUUAUAUAUGGGACUGUAAUAGGUAUGAAUCUUGCGAUUAGUUCAAUAUUAAUGAUUGNGAAUUCAUAAAAAAUGAUUUGA